GAGGGGAAUUGGAUACUGAGGGACUGGUGGUCUAGAGGCGCCUAAUGGAAGGAUCAUGGAAUGCGGUGGAAUGGGAGAAAGAGCAAGGCUCUGCUCUGCUAUAUGAAAUAUGGGAGACGACAGACCGUUUGUGUGCAAUGCCCCGGGCUGUGGACAGAGAUUUACAAAUGAGGACCACCUGGCAGUUCAUAAACACAAGCAUGAGAUGACAUUGAAAUUUGGCCCAGCCAGAACUGACUCAGUCAUCAUUGCAGAUCAAACUCCUACUCCGACUAGAUUCUUGAAGAACUGUGAGGAGGUGGGGCUCUUCAAUGAACUAGCUAGCUCCUUUGAACAUGAAUUCAAGAAAGCUGCAGAUGAGGAAGAGAAAAAGGCUGCUGCUGGGCCCCUUGACAUGUCUUUGCCUUCCACACCAGACAUCAAAAUCAAAGAAGAAGAGCCAGUGGAGGUAGACUCCUCUCCAACUGAUAGCCCUGCCUCUAGCCCCCGUUCCCCACCACUGAAGGAAAAGGAGGUUGCCCCAAAGCCUGUUGUGAUCUCUACCCCUACACCCACCAUUGUACGUCCUGGCUCCCUGCCUCUCCACUUGGGCUAUGAUCCACUUCAUCCAACCCUUCCCUCCCCAACCUCCGUCAUCACACAGGCUCCACCAUCCAAUAGGCAAAUGGGGUCUCCCACUGGUUCCCUCCCUCUUGUCAUGCAUCUUGCUAAUGGACAGACCAUGCCUGUGCUGCCAGGGCCUCCAGUACAGAUGCCUUCUGUUAUAUCGCUGGCCAGACCUGUGUCCAUGGUGCCCAACAUUCCUGGUAUUCCUGGCCCACCAGUUAACAGUAGUGGCUCCAUUUCUCCCUCUGGCCACCCUAUGCCAUCAGAAGCCAAGAUGAGACUAAAAGCCACCCUAACCCACCAAGUCUCCUCAAUCAAUGGUGGUUGUGGAAUGGUGGUGGGUACUGCUAGCACUAUGGUGACAGCCCGUCCAGAGCAGAGCCAGAUCCUCAUCCAGCAUCCUGAUGCCCCAUCCCCUGCCCAGCCACAGGUCUCACCAGCCCAGCCCACCCCUAGUACUGGGGGGCGUCGGCGGCGCACAGUGGAUGAAGAUCCAGAUGAGCGGCGUCAGCGCUUUCUGGAGCGCAACCGGGCUGCAGCCUCCCGCUGUCGCCAAAAGCGGAAACUCUGGGUGUCCUCCCUAGAGAAGAAGGCAGAGGAACUCACUUCUCAGAACAUUCAGCUGAGUAAUGAAGUCACAUUACUACGCAAUGAAGUGGCUCAGUUGAAACAGCUACUGUUAGCUCAUAAAGACUGCCCAGUCACUGCACUACAGAAAAAGACUCAAGGCUAUUUAGAAAGCCCCAAGGAAAGCUCAGAGCCAACGGGUUCUCCAGCCCCUGUGAUUCAGCACAGCUCAGCAACAGCCCCUAGCAAUGGCCUCAGUGUUCGCUCUGCAGCUGAAGCUGUAGCCACCUCGGUCCUCACUCAGAUGGCCAGCCAAAGGACAGAACUGAGCAUGCCGAUACAGUCGCAUGUGAUCAUGACCCCUCAGUCCCAGUCUGCGGGCAGAUGAUGCCUCCCCUGGUGGAGAGGUACCCAGCCAGAGCUCGCCCGCCCAAGAGCUAAGAGAGAAGAUGUCAUCUUUUCCCCUUCCAUCUGCCUUGGACGUGGCAAUAUGGGGGGAAAAUUGUGUGUUGUGAGUAAUGGACAGAUUUGGGGCUUUUCUCUUCAGCCACAUGGUCAUGUAUGUUUGACAUCUGAACUGGAGGCCUCCCAGCUCCAGAGCCACAUAGAGCAUCCCCCAAGGGUGGAGUUUCUGAUGUACCCACAGCCAAAGACCUUUCCAGAUGGUCCGAACAAUCACCCCUGCCCCAUGCACAUGUACCUGUCUCUUUUAACACUAACCCUUGUACUUCUAGGUUUGGGAUUUCUCAAUUCCCUUUCUUCCCACUAAGCUAUGGCUGUUACCUUCUUGUUCCUUAUCAGCAUGCCACUUCCUGCUAGAUAGAGGGAGGCUAGAUUUAAUGGCAUAGCACUUGCUGACCCAUCCCCGGCCACCCCAUGGACUCAGGACUUUGUCUCCCAAUAGCUGUUUAUUUAUCCCUUUUUCCCUUUCCUAAACUGUAGUUAAAACAUUCACUUAUGGAGAAUGUAAGGUUACCUUUAAGGUAUGAAGUAGCAGUAUUUUCCAAUUCUUCCAUAAGCUUUACACCUUCUCCCUACCUGCCACCAAAAAAAAAAAAGAGGAGAGAAACAAACAAAACCCCAAGAGGUCCAGUCCUUUUUCAUCUGUUUCUAGAGCUAUUUGGGUACCUCAUUUUGUCUCUUGACUUGACUUAGUCUCAUGGUGUGGUCUUCUCCACCCACCCCCACCCCCCCACUCAGCCGUGGCAACCUCAUCUUGUGGCCUUAAUAUUGGUGGUACAAAGGGAAAGAGCCCGGGAUCAUCUGACUGCCUGAUGCCCUCUCCCCACUCUCCUUUCCUUCAGUUCUCUCUUUUUUUUGACCGGUAAGGGGAUCGCAACCCUGGGCACGGUGU